AUGCUGACUGCACUUGCUCGACUUCCAUCAAAGCGUCGUUCAAUUUUCCGAGGAGUCAAAAAGGAAUUAUGGCUCGACUAUCCAGAAGGGAAAGUUUUUAUUUGGUGGGGUUUUUCUUCAUGCACUUCGACUAUCGGAGUGUUGGAGAAUGAACAUUUUUUUGGCAAAACAGGUGAAAGAACUCUUUUUAAAAUAAAGUGCACUACAGCCAAGAACAUAAAGAAACAUUCAUUUAUAGUCAAUGAGGAUGAAAUACUUCUAUUAACCGCUAGACAAUUUGAGGUUAAAUCAUGUCUAAAUCCUGGAAACGGACUUCAUAUUGUACAACUCAAAGAAUUGAAGCCAAAGUUCGAUCUUCUUCAACCAGUCUCAAUACCUAAUUUAACAGUUCAGUCCAAUAUAAGUUCGCAAGGUAUAUCUCCACCAAUCUCAGGAGCCAUGGAAGCACAAUUUGCAGCCACGCAAGCAACAUCAAAAUUUGAUAUUCCUGAUAAUGCUGAAUGGACACAGAACGGAGUGACGAUUGCUGGAAGUCACGGGCAAGGCGAUGCCACUAAUCAACUCUUCUGGCCCCAUGGUCUUUUCGUUGAUGACGAUCAAACAGUGGCUGUUGCUGACUUUGGGAAUGAUCGCAUCAUCCAAUGGAAGAAAGAUGAUACAACGAAUGGACAAGUUAUUGCUGGUGGCAAAGACCAAGGAAAUGGAUUGAAUCAAUUGAAUCGACCAACAGAUGUAUUAAUUGACAAAGAGACGGAUAGUCUCAUUAUUUGUGAUUGGCAGAAUCAACGAGUUGUGCGAUGGUCUCGUCGUAGUGGUACAACACAAGGAGAAAUACUCAUAGACAACAUCGCUUGUUAUGGAUUGGCAUUGAAUGAACAGAGAUAUCUCUACGUCUCUGACACCAAAAAACAUGAAGUAAGACUAUAUCAAUUGGGUGGGAAGAAUUACACUGUCGUAGCUGGUGGAAAUGGGCAAGGUGAUGGUCUCAAUCAACUCAAAUUUCCGGCAUAUCUCUUUGUCGAUCGACAACAGAAUGUUUACAUAUCAGACUGGAAUAACCAUCGUGUAAUGAAAUGGACUAUAGAUGCACAAGGAAGGUGUUGUCGUCGCUGGAGGUCAAGGCUUAGGGAAUGA